CUCCGUGUCUUUUGUCCGUCACCAAAGGACGAAGCACUUCGUUAGACGCCGUGCGCUCACAGCGUCCACUAUGGCGACUCUACCCAUACAUCUGCCGCCUCCGGUAGAUGAGGCGCUUACUGCGAGUCUCUCCGUUUCCAAGCUUCAAACGUCCUCUAUGAGGAAGUACCUGGAGGCUGAUCAACUCAUGGACGCGCUGAAAGCGGCCAGUACUAUGCUUGCCGAACUGAGGACAUCAUCCCUAUCCCCAAAACAGUAUUAUGAACUUUACAUGGCUGUUUUCGAUGCUCUAAGAUAUUUGUCAAAUUAUCUUUAUGAGGCGCAUACUACUGGCAAGCACCACCUGGCGGAUUUAUAUGAGCUUGUUCAAUACGCUGGCAACAUCGUUCCUCGUUUAUACCUCAUGAUUACUGUUGGCUCAGUAUACAUGAGCAUACCGGAUGCACCCAUAAAGGAGAUUAUGAAGGACAUGAUGGAGAUGUCGCGCGGGGUCCAGCAUCCCACCCGUGGCCUGUUCCUGCGCCACUAUCUUAGUGGACAGACGCGGGACCAUUUACCAAUCGGCGAGGAACAAGGACCUCAGGGUAAUCUCCAGGACUCAAUUGCCUUUGUUGUCACAAACUUCGUUGAAAUGAACAAGCUGUGGGUUCGUCUGCAACACCAGGGCCACUCUCGUGACAAGGAGAAACGCGAACUGGAGCGCAAGGAGCUCCGAAUUCUUGUUGGUACCAACCUCGUUCGCCUCAGUCAAUUAGAGGGGGUGGAUUUGGUCAUGUACCAGAGUACCAUCCUGCCCGGCAUUCUGGAACAAGUAGUCAACUGCAAAGACGUGAUCGCCCAGGAGUAUCUCAUGGAGGUUAUCAUUCAAGUAUUUACAGAUGAAUUUCACCUUCACACACUUGCCCCAUUCCUCUCCGCCACUGCCCAAUUACACCCUAAGGUCAACAUCAAACAAAUUGUCAUUGCACUCAUCGAUCGGCUAGCCGCCUAUGCUGCUCGCGAAGCCGAGAAUGAGGACCCAGAAGAAACGAAACGCCAGGAAGAGGCUGCAGCAAGGCGAUUGGCGGAGCGUGUGCAACAACAAAGAGAAAGGCUCAGGGAACGCGAACGGCAACGACUUCAUGGCUCCACGUCGAGUGUCGAUGGCGUGUGGGCUGACUCCCCAGCCAGCCCAACUAGUCCAGUGGCUGAAACACAUCCUCCUGACGCCUCCGCUUAUGGAUCAAGCAAUCUCGAUCCAUCCUCAACAGAGGAAGGGAGAGGGAAAGUAAAAAAGUUCCGUGGAAUCCCAGAAGACGUGAGACUAUUUGAAGUGUUUUGGUAUCAAGUAGUGGAACUAAUCAAGGCUCGACCAGACUUGUCAAUACAAGACAUCACCGCUCUUCUUGUUUCGUUGGCCAAUCUAUGUCUCAGCUGUUAUCCGGACAGACUUGAAUACGUUGAUCAGGUCCUAGGCUUCGCUCGUGAAAAGAUGGGGGACUUCGCUGAUAGCCCUGAUCUUCACAUUACUGCCACAACGUCAAACAUACUCUCGCUUCUGCUUGCCCCUAUAAACUCGUACCAAUCCGCCCUGACGCUUCUAGCAAUUCCCAAUUACUCACCCUUGCUGGUCCAGCAAACUUUCGCGACUCGUCGCUCCAUUGCCACUUCCAUCGUUUCCUCAAUUCUCAAGAACGAGACAUACUUAGAAACACCGGAGGAUGUUUCUGGUAUUUUGGAUGUAUGUCAUGUUCUUAUCAGAGACCAGACAGAUACAGGCGUCGGAAUGGGGAGUACCGGUCCAUCAGGUGGACGUGGUAUUCGCAUUGACCCAGAGGACGUCGCAGAAGAACAAGGCUGGGUCGCUAGAAUGGUGCACUUGUUGAGAUCGGAUGAUCUAGAAGUACAGCACGAGCUGCUCCAAACCGCCCGAAGAUAUUUCGCCGAAGGAGGCGAUCGCAUGAGAUACACGUAUCCACCGCUCAUAACGGCGUUUAUCAAUCUAGCUCGAAGGUACAAACCUCGCGAAUUCGAGGAAGUGGAUUGGCCGUCGAAAGUCACGACCCUAUUGCGAUCAAUACACCAAUUGAUUUCCGUUUUGAACACAAAAGUGGAUUCGCCAUCGAUUAGUCUUCGGUUGUUCCUUCUUGCUGCCCAAGUCUCUGAUUUAUGCGGCUUUGAAGAGUUAGCAUAUGAGUUUUACGUGCAGGCUUUCUCUGUCUAUGAAGAGUCCAUUUCGGACAGCCGGGCGCAAUUGCAGGCUAUCAUAACUAUCAUUGGUACCUUACAAGGUGCUAGUGUCUUCGGGAGUGAUAAUUAUGACACUCUGAGCACGAAGGCCGCACUCCAUGCUGCAAAGUUACUCAAGAAGCCGCAUCAGUCUAUUGCUGUACAGCUCGCUAGCCACCUUUGGUGGCAGACACAAACUCCUCAACAGCUGUCCGCCGAUUCUCCUCCCCCCUCAGCCGAUGACAACAAAGAUGAGACUUCUCAAGACAAACAGCCCAUGGAAGAUGGGAAACGUGUACUAGAAUGUUUGCAGAGAUCACUUCGCGUCGCUGGUGCCAGUUUUGAAGAGAUCAUCAGUCUUCAGCUCUAUUGCGAUGCGUUGGAUCGUUACCUUUACUACUUUGAUCGAGAUAUCGAAGAAGUGACAUCGAAAUACGUCAACACAAUCAUCGAAUUGAUAGUCAAUCAAAUUGAUAUUGCAUCCUCUCCCGAUCUUCAUCCUACCGCACGAGCACCGCCAGGUUUGAUCGAGGGCGUACAAGCGCCUGAAAUGAUCAUACGGCAUUUCCGGAAUACCUUGGAUUACAUUCGGUCCAGGAGAUCUGAACCUCAGGAUCGCACCAAGUGGUCCGCAAUUGACAUUGUGGGCGCUCUGGUAAAAAUGGGAAUGACGUCUUAAUGUGUAUUAUAUAUGAUUAUCGAUUUGCAUACUUUCCCUCCGCACGACAUGCCAUAGAUGAUAAAUCCGACUUUAAAUAUGAUUGGACACACAGGGACUAGUCGAAAGAAAUUAACAUGGCCUCCUUAGGUUCUG